CUCCAUUUAAAAGUUGUUCAUUAGCUACACAGAAGCAUUUAAUUUAAACAUAUAACCCUCUGUAAAAAUUAGUUGAUUACUUCUAAAAGGGAGAAAAAAAGAGCAGCAUAGAUUUUCAUCUUGAAAUUUGUGCUGGACCUAAAGUUUGGCUAGUAGUCUAAGGACAGAGAUUUGCCUGCUGGAUCUAUUGUAUAUCAAGAUGAUGAACAGGAGUUGUCCUAAUACAUUGUUGGAAAUGACAGCAUUGGCAUGACAUAUUUUGAUUUCUUCAGAGGACUUCGGGACACCUUGCUGAAAAUCUUUGGUUUUGUCUGAUAAGAAUCCUGGUCAAAUGAAGUAUGAAAAGUUUGUUAAUAUGUUUUAAACUGUCCAUUGAACUACUCUUCUGUGUAAAUAUCUUCCAGAGAUUUUAUUUAAAUGUCUUUUUGUCUUGCAGUUCUGAUCUGCUUUCCCAAGUGAGCAUAGCGUAGCUGGAGCCAACAUUUAACAAUGAGUGGUGCAGCGUUGGGCCUCGAGAUAGUGUUUGUCUUUUUCCUGGCCUUAUUCCUACUUCACCGGUAUGGAGACUUCAAGAAACAGCAUAGGCUGGUGAUCAUAGCAACGUUAUUGGCUUGGUAUCUCUGCUUCCUGAUUGUAUUCAUACUGCCUCUGGAUGUCAGCACGACUAUUUAUAAUCGAUGCAAACUUGCGGUUAACUCCAGUCCUGCAGAAAGUAAUGGCUCUUACGUUACCCUUGCUCCAAGCAAGCAAAAAUGUUUCAAACCCUGGAGUUAUAUUCCUGAUGGAAUCAUGCCAAUUUUCUGGCGUGUUGUAUAUUGGACUUCUCAGUUUUUAACAUGGAUUCUUCUACCUUUCAUGCAGUCAUAUGCUAGAUCAGGAGGGUUCUCCAUCACUGGAAAGAUUAAAACUGCUUUGAUUGAGAAUGCCAUCUAUUAUGGCACUUACUUGCUGAUUUUUGGAGCGUUUCUAAUAUAUGUGGCUGUAAACCCAAACUUCAAUUUACAAUGGAACCAGCUUCAGACUAUUGGAAUAGCUGCUGCAAACACAUGGGGUCUGUUCCUUCUUGUGUUGCUUUUGGGUUAUGGUUUGGUGGAAAUCCCUCGUUCUCACUGGAAUGGAGCCAAGAGGGGUUAUCUACUCAUGAAGACUUACUUCAAAGCUGCCAAACUGAUGACUGAAAAAGCAGAUGCAGAGGAGAAUUUAGAGGAUAUUAUGGAGGAAGUCCGUAAAGUAAGUGAGAGUAUCAAAUAUAAUCACCCCUUGAGGAAAUGUGUUGAUACAAUACUGAAAAAGUGCCCUACUGAGUACCAGGAAAGAAUGGGUAGGAACAUGGAUGAUUAUGAAGAUUUUGAUGAAAGACAGAACAGUUAUCCCAGUGAAAAAAGUUUGGCCAAACUUCACAAGCAGGUCAUCUAUUCAGUGCAGAGACAUCGUCGUACACAGGUCCAGUGGCAAAUUCUUCUAGAGCAAGCAUUUUACCUGGAAGAUGUGGCAAAAAAUGAAAGCAGUGCAACUCGACAGUUUGUUCAUACCUUUCAUUCCCAGGAACCAGAAAAUAAAAUUAUUCAGUAUUUCUACACACCAACGGUUGAGUGGUACUGGGAAUGCCUUCUCCGACCAUGGUUUUACAGAGUGCUUGCAGUUGUGCUGGCCACAUUCUCUGUAAUUGUUGUGUGGUCAGAGUGCACAUUUUUCAGCACAAAACCAGUUCUGUCGCUAUUUGCGGUUUUCAUACAGCUGGCAGAAAAGACAUAUAAUUAUAUAUACAUAGAGAUGGCCUGUUUUCUUACCAUCUUUUUCCUAAGUAUCUGUGUUUACUCUACUGUCUUCAGGAUCCGUGUAUUUAACUAUUACUACUUAGCUUCACAUCAUCAGACAGAUGCAUACAGUCUCCUUUUCAGUGGCAUGUUAUUUUGCCGUCUUACUCCACCGUUGUGCUUGAAUUUUCUGGGCUUGACCCAUAUGGAUGCAACAAUCUCUCACAAAAACACUCAGCCAACUGCUUAUACAUCUAUAAUGGGAUCCAUGAGAGUGCUGUCCUUCAUUGCAGAUGGAUUCUAUAUAUAUUACCCAAUGCUUGUUGUCAUUCUCUGUAUUGCUACAUACUUCAGCUUAGGAACUCGUUGUUUGAAUCUUUUGGGAUUCCAGCAGUUCAUGGGUGAUAGCGAAAUGACCUCUGAUUUGAUUGAUGAAGGAAAAGAGCUGAUCAGAAGAGAGAAAAGGAAACGACAGAGGCAGGAAGAAGGUGAAACCAGAAGAAGGGAGUGGAAGGAGCGGUAUGGAAAUAGAGACGAUUCCACCAGAAGCAGAGCUGUCCACACAGACCAGAAAGAAUCCAGCUUCUCAGAGACCAAUGCCAGUAGACCACUAUCAAAGUAUACCCGUUCAAAUGGUAGGACUGAAAGAGAUAGAAUAGAACUCCUCCAGGACGCAGAACCGUUGGAUUUUAAUGCAGACUCUGUUAGUGAUGACCCCCUUGAAUCGGACUCAGGAAGGUACCAGCCUGGUGGAAGAUACCUGUCAAUGUCUCGAAGUAAAAUAUUUGAUGAUGUCUAAGCUCAUCAGUGCUAAAGAAAAUUCAGUGAAAAUCUAGCUCCUACUCAUUGCUUGGAAAAUACUGUAUUUGUGAUAUAUCACUGAACCAUCAAAGACUUAGAAAAAAACAUGAAGGAACAACUCUUUUUGGAAAUGCACGUGUAUGAUAAUUUCACCACUUGUGAUAGGAGUAUGCUUC